AUGAUGUUGCAAUAUGCAAGUGAAGUGCCACUGAUCGUUCCCUUUUUUGAACUUAACUGGGGCAGAAGAAAUGUUGCUUUUAGUCGAGCUGUCAGUUCGAUCAUUCGUUCAGUUCGUAGCCAGGGCAACAGGCGGGGCGGGAAAAAUGGCUUUCGUUGGGACUGA